AUGGUCCGCCUCAUCCAAUCCGUGUUUGCCAUGCUAGCCAUGACACUAGCGGUACAGGCCUGUGACUACUGCCAGUGCAAGUUCACGGACGGGUCCCACUGCUGCACGACCUCGACCUGCGAGGAAGUCUGCAAAAACGCCGCGCGGUACGGCGACGACGUCAAGUGCAGCGCUGGCGGCCUCUCCGAGUGUAUCGGCUACUUCACUGCCAACGGGCGCGCUCAGUGCAACAGCCAAGCUUAUGACUUUGACUAA